AUGCCUUCGAAGGUCUCCUGCCUGUACCUCCUCACAGUGGUUUGCUGGGCCAGUGCUCUAUGGUACCUGAGUGUGUCCAGAUCCUCCAGUUCCUAUGUGGGACAGGUGACCAUGCCCGUCCGCAAGACCCCCAAGGACACCAAGAACUCCACCUUCUCCAACAUCCGCACUCGCUCCCUCAACCCACACGACUUUGGAUACAUCAUCAAUGAGGAGAAGAAGUGUGACAAUGAGACGCCUUUCCUGAUUAUCCUUAUCAGCACCACACACAAGGAGUUUGACGCCCGACAGGCCAUCCGGGAGACCUGGGGCGAUGAGAGCACAUUCACUGAUGUCAGAGUGGUUACUCUGUUCUUACUGGGCCGCAGCACAGAUGCUGUUCUCAACCAGAUGGUGGAGCAGGAGAGCCAGAUCUUUCAUGAUGUUGUGGUCGAGGAUUUCAUUGAUUCGUACCACAACUUGACCCUUAAGACCCUCAUGGGUAUGCGCUGGGUUGCCACAUUCUGCUCCAAGGCACAGUAUGUCCUAAAAACAGACAGUGACAUCUUUGUUAACAUGGAGAACCUGAUCUACAGUCUCCUGAAGCCCAGCACCAAGCCCAGGAGGAGGUACUUCACAGGCUACGUCAUCAAUGGCGGACCAAUCAGAGACAUGCGCAGUAAAUGGUACAUGCCCAGAGACCUGUACCCCGAGAGCAAAUAUCCUCCGUUCUGCUCGGGCACAGGCUACGUGUUCUCAGCCGACGUGGCAGAGCUCAUCUACAAAACAUCACUCCACACAAGACUGCUACACCUGGAGGAUGUCUAUGUGGGAGUCUGUCUGCGCAAACUGGGAAUACACCCUUUUCAGAACAGUGGAUUCAACCACUGGAAGAUGGCCUACAGCCUCUGCCGCUACCGCAGGGUGGUCACUGUGCAUCAGAUCUCCCCUGAGGAGAUGCAUCGAAUCUGGAACGACAUGACCAGUAAGAAACACCUCAAAUGUUAG